UAAAAACCGCCAAACGAAUCCGAGGGUUCAAGAAUAGUUUCGCGGUCGAUGAGAAAAUCCCCAAUCACUCGCAAUUUCCUGGGUUUGGUUACUCUUUCAGUGAAAUCUAUCGGAGCCCUAAUUUUGGAAUCAAAUCGGUCCGUGAUCGGAUCGAAGACCUUCUUGCUCCCGAACUGGAUGAUAGUUAGCUGAUAAAGUUUCGAUUUUUCAAUGGGUGGUACGGACGCUAAGGACAUUCUGGGAUUGCCGAAGACUCCGUUGUCGAUAACCCAGGAGAAGAAACCUCGACCCCAGAAGGAGUCCCAUAGAAAGCCCGAUGGCAUUUCUCGCGAGGUCUAUGCGCUUACCGGCGGCAUCCCGCCUCUUAUGCCCUCAAUUGAUGUUUCUCAGUUAAAACGCCGACCACCUGCGGAUGAGAAGGUGGUUUGGCGAUGGCUUCCCUUCACAAAUUCUGCUAGGAAAGAUAAUUUGCAGCUUUAUCACUGGGUGAGAGUUGUGAAUGAUGUUCCGCCGACAGGUGAUUAUUCCUUCGCUAAAUAUAACAAGUCAGUUGAUAUCAUGAAGUACACAGACGAGGAAUACGAGAAGUAUUUAACAGAUCCUGUAUGGACUAAGGAAGAGACAGAUCAGUUGUUUGACUUGUGUGAAAGGUUUGAUCUUCGCUUCAUUGUGAUAGCUGAUAGGUUUCCAUUAUCUCGGACUGUGGAAGAAUUGAAGGACCGUUACUAUAGCGGCAGUGGUAUACGCUUGAUUAUGGCUGUGCUUUCUUUUGUAGUUACCCGGGCUCUGCUGCGUGUUAGAGCUCAGUCUCCAGCAGAUGUUGCAAACCAUCCUCUAAUUAAGGAGCAGUAUGAUAUUACUCGUGAUAGAGAUCGAAAACGUGCAUUGUCCGUGGUACUAUCACAGACCAGACAGCAGGAGAAGAAAGACACUGAGAUUCUUGCUGAAGCUAAAAGAAUAACGGAGGCACGCUUGGCUGCAUGGAGUACGGAAGAGCCUGAUGUCCCUGUGAAUGCGACUGCUGGUCCUGAAAAAGCUGAUGGGGUUGUAGUUCCGGGGGAUAGUGUAUCGCCGUCAGCCAAUGUUCCUCCUCCUACUUCAGGAGCGGCUCCUUCAACAUUGGUGAUGCCAGAUAAUGCUUCUACCAUUGCUUCUCUGCGCAUGCUUCGUGUAUAUUUGAGAACUUAUGCCCUUGAACAAAUGGUCCAAGCUGCAAGCUCGUCUGUUGGUCUUCGGACAAUCAAGCGGGUUGAGCAGACAUUGCAAGAUCUUGGGGUUAAUUUGAAACCAAAAGUUCCUACGAAAACUGUGUGUGACGAGCAUCUUGAAUUGCGAAAAGAGAUUUUAACGCUGUUGAAUCUUCAGAAGCAGCUACAAUAUAAGGAAGCAGAAGGUUCAUCGUAUAGGGAGGGUUCAUAUGCCGAAAUGCCAGAACCCCCUCAGGAUCGUGUUUUUGCUCAAGAACCCUUUAGUUUUGGAGCUGAAAGACCCACCAAAAAGGACCAGAAGAGAAAGGGACCGGGAAGACAAGCAAACACUCCAUCACCCGCUCAUAAGCGGCCGAGGAAGAUGAAAGCCUCUGAUCUCUGAUUCCCCUGACCUUCAUUCCAAAGAUUUGCAGCCAGUGAGGAUCCCCCAGUGGACUUUGACCUCUCUCUCGAGUAUUUUGUCGGAGGAUCUCAAUAUGUCAACACCGUGUGUGUUGUAAUGAAUCGUCGCCCUUUUACUGACGGUAAAAAUUCGUGUUAGAUAAAUCAUCGCCCUUUUGAGUUUACUUUUUUUUUUUUUUUUCUAAUCUCGGUUGUCCGAUUCAGAUUGUAACGGAUUCACAGAUUUGUGUCGUUUUCACACGAGUCUGGAAAAAAUGUUCAGUUCUAACUCGGUUUGGCUCGCGA